AGAAGAAGCAUUUAUUUAUUUUUUUUUUUGGUGUUUUAUUCUUGAAAUUGGUUUUAUUCUGCAUUUUUGCAAUACUUAUCCAUCAUGAUGGAUAUGUGCCUACUAUGCCUAGAAACUUCGUCGGAGAAGUAUUUAACAGCUUCGUCGUUACGCUGGCAAGAGGAACAAAUUGAAAGCCUCAUUCAAAAACAUCUUUGGGCCCUUAGUUCCAUAGAACCCGAAUCGUGGCUUUGUACCAGUUGCUGGAAAAGCAUAGAAGAUUUUCAUAGCUUCUAUGUUCGUAUAGAAAAGGUGCACUCAUGUUUUGCCUCCAUACUUAAAACGGAAGUUUUAGAGAAUAGUGAAGAUAAAGACUCCAUUGUCGUUUCCAACAACUUUCAGACUGAAAAUAUUGUAGAGAUUUCAAAUAAAGACCAAGAAAUGUCACCUUCAGAAACUUGCAGCGAACCGCUUGCUAUAAAAUCAGAGAGUAUUAACGAAGAGGAGAUUGUGCCAGUUAAUGAGCUUUCAGACAAAGGAAUAUUAAGUCCAGAUCCCCUUGAAAGGCCUUUAACUUCCAGAAAUCGGGGUCGAAGCAAAGCUGUAAAAUCAAGCAAGCUAAACCCAGCAAGAUGUCGUGAAAUAUUAGCAAAAGUAGAUAAUAGCCCUGAAGAAAAUAGCCAAACGACGAACAAUCCCACAGAUAUAGUUGAUCAUACCGAUAGUUCAGAUACAUAUAGUGAAAAUGAAUCCGAUAAUGAAGAGAAGUUGGAAGCCACGGAUAGCUGGAAGCCACGCCCUAAUCCUUACUAUAAACGAAAAGCAAAGCGAAUUGAGAUUGAUGAAUUUUUGUCAAAACAUUACAAAAUCACUUGUGCUCUGUGUCAGUUGAGCAUGACAACAUUCUGCGAGUUGCGCAAACACUUUACAAAACAACACAAUGAACCUGGCUAUGCUGUUUGUUGUAAUAGGAAGUUUGUAAAAUGCAGUCUGCUGGUCGAUCACAUCCAUUGCCAUUUGGAUCCGGAAUAUUUUAAAUGCAAACAUUGUGAUAAAAUUAUGUCAGAUCGGCGCUGCCUUAAACUGCACGUCAAUACCCAUGGCAUCCAAGAUAAAAUCUAUGUUUGUGAUAUAUGCAGCAAAGCAUUUUCCCGCAAGACUGGUCUAAAAAAUCAUAAACUCAUUCAUCUUUCCGACGAAGAAAAGAAAUUUGCCUGCGAACAUUGCGGAAAACCGUUUGGUAAUGAGAACUUGCUAGCUAAUCAUGUACGUGUAGUUCAUUUAAAUAAGUAUGCCCUGGUUUGUGAUAUUUGUGGUGAAAAAAUGCGAGGAAAAGAUGUUUUCGAACGUCAUAUUCUUAAGCACAAGGGUGUACCACUGCCCACCAUUAGCUGUGAUGUGUGUGGACUAAAAGUUACCAAUCAACGGGGCUUAAAACGCCACAAAGAAUCUCAACAUCCUGAAGGGGGUCGACAGCAGUAUCCCUGUCAUUUAUGUUCACAAGUUUCACCCACGCAUAAGGCUCACAAAAAACAUGUGAAAGACAAACAUGAAUUGGGUUACGAUUUUAAAUGUACCAUGUGUGAAAAGGCUUACAAGAGAUCAAGUACCCUAAAGGAACAUAUGGCCACUCACACGGGUACAAUUUUAUAUACAUGUUCCUACUGUCCUAAAACCUUUAAUUCCAAUGCCAAUAUGCAUAGUCAUAGGAAAAAAGCCCAUCCCAAAGAAUGGGAGGAGGAGUGUCGUGCAAAGUACUCGGGAAAUUUGCCGCCUAAGUAUAAACUAAAGUGCACAACAACCACCACGGAUGACUCUAAAUGGUUCUGAAAAAAGGAAAAACUAAAUCGAAGAUGCGUGUGUCCUAAGAACAUUUACUGUAUGACUUACGGCUAUUAUUGAUCGCAA